UGUUGGACAGAAGUGAACACUUAGUACUGGAGCUGGUCUCCAUCGCUGACUGGGAUUUGCUUUUGGCUUGGAAAGACCCUGCAGGCCGGGGGUGCAGUGGCCUUCUUCUGGGAUUUUAUUUGCUGAGUUCUUCUUUUUUUUAAAUAAUUUUUAUAUCAUUAUUCCCUGUUGACUUUUUUUGCCUUAGCUGCUGGCAGCGCAGGUUAACCAGGGCUGGACAUCCUGAAAGCUUUAAACCAGAGGAAUCAGGAUUCUCUCUGCAGACUCACAAGUCAUCCCACUGGAUUACUGAAGGGCCAUGUACCAGGCAGCUGCUUCCAAGCAAGCAGACAACAGCAUCCCCAGCGCGGUCAUGGAGGAGUCGGAGGUCUGUUCCCUGCCUGGGGGACUCGCAAGGGUGAUAAAACAAUUUGAGACUCAGGAAGCUGCAGCGUCACACAGUGUAACCCAGUUUUGCUUUCAACACAGAACUGUGCAGGAAAUGUCUGAGUCAGAGGUGACAGUGUCAAGUGGCAGCAGGCAGGUCAUCCCAGGCAGUCAGCAGCUGCACUUCCAAGAAUCUGUGGUGUCAUGCUGUGACAACAAUUUGGCAUCCAGCUAUGAAAACCAUCAAAAUGAAGCAGACGAAGAGUUUCCCAGGUAUUCAGCAAAAGAGCUGAGGGAUCACUUUGAGAGAACAAUAGAAGAGGCUGCUUCACACAAACCAAUCAAGAUUGGACGAGACAUCAGUCGAUCUAAGUGGACCUCUCGUGUGAGUCAAAGUGAGGUGAUUGAAGCAUCAGCCGCUGAAGCAUUACAGAACACAAUGGCUUCAAUGACGGAAUAUGAGGAUCUUCCACCCCCUCCACCAGAUUUGCUUCAAAUACCAGAGAGUGAACAUAUUCCAGAGAGCCAUUUCUCACAAGAGCCUCCAAACCCAGUAAACCCAUUCAAACAAUCACACAACAGAGAGGCGUAUGUCAAGCAGAGGGGUAUGUCUGAGUUAAAACGUCUUUACAAGCACAUUCACCCCGAGGUUCGCAAGAAUAUUGAGAAGGAGUUCUACAGUGAGUUCAAUGAAACAGAGAAUAACCAGGUACAGAGGCAGGUGUGCGCGUACGAGGAUGAUGGUGGGAGUCCUGAGGAUAUCUAUGACGAAGAGUAUGAGGAAUGGGAGGAGAUUGUCCCCGGAGAGGUGCAAGCAGUUCGCUGGAUGUUUGAAAAUAAACCUUUAGAUGCCAUUAAAGACGAAACUCCUGAAGAAGAUGAGCAAAACAAGAGAUUUACUGAACAGGAAAUGAUUUGGGGGAAAGAUGUGAGACGCACGGCGUGGAUGUUUGAGACCAAGCCGAUGGACGAGCUGGGCUCAGUAAAUACCAACUCCACAGAUUAUAAAAACAAGUUCAACAAACUGGAGAAGGGUGAUGUUCGUGCUGCGGCAUGGCUGUUUGAAACACAAACCAUGGACACUCUCAACAAAAUGCACAAGGAGGAGGAUUUGACAAAGGAGAUUGUGUUUACUGAAGAGGACGGGAAUGCUACCAUUUACAUGAUUGACAACAGGUUUGUGGAAGGCCUCGGGCACACUGAGACUGUUGACGAGAGCCGCCUGCUCAGUUUGCGGUCAGUGUUGGAGGAAAUUAACGAGGAAGUCAAAACUGUUACCACCACUUUUGAUACUCAGUUUAAAUGCAUCAUCAUGGGACAAUCCAGCCAAAUGCUGGAGGUCAAGUCUGUCCGUAAAAUCGAAACUGAAUUGGAGAACUCUAUCGCUUCACGUUGGCUUUUUGAUACUCAACCUUUGGACACAAAAAACAGAGAACUGGUUCCUUUAAAACUGAUUUGCAGUCUAUCUAUGGAAGACAGCAGUAAAGGAGACUGGGGCAGGUGGCUGUUUGAGAUAAAAACAUUAAACUCUCUCAGCGAGUGGGAAAGCACACAACUGGAGAAGACAGAGAUCAUUGGGGCGGAUGUUCGCAAACAUUGCUUGGUCUUUGAAACGCAGCCAAUGGACUCUUUGAAGGAUGACUCCAACGCCAGACCGCAGUCUCUUGAGGAGAUUAUAGGGGGCAAUGUGAGAUCUGCAAGAAACUUUUUUGAAAGCAGCCCUCAAGUAGCCAGGAAGAAUUACCAAGAGGUUGGAAAACUUAAAAAGGCAACAGCAAAUGAAGAAAUGAAAGGAGACGUGAGACACCAGAAAUGGCGUUUUGAAAGUCAGCCCCUUGAUCACAUUAGAGAGGAGAAGAAAGAGGUGGUCCGCACUGUGAAUGUUGACGAAGACCUAACACAAGAGGAUGGCUCAAGCUGUAGGGCAGAUGUUCGCAGGAACUGCUGGGUGUUUGAGACGCAGCCAAUGGAUACUUUAAAAGAUGACUCAAACACUCGCGUCAUGACAAAAGAGGAAAUUAUUGCGGGUAAUGUACAAUCAGCAAGGCAGUAUUUUGAAACCUCCCCAACCGAGGAGCUGAAGGAGCUGGAAGAGGUGGGCAAACUGAAGAAAACAGUGGCGCUUCAAGAAGAAAAGGGCGAUGUUACACAUCAGAAAUGGCGAUUUGAAAGCCAACCUCUGGAGCAGAUUAGAGAUGAACGGAAAGAAGUUCUAAGAACAAUUGAUCUGGAGGAAAUUGAUAAAGUGGAUGUGUCAAACUACAAGCAAAUAUUUGAGAGCGCAGAGUUAAAAGAACAGAGAGAGGAUUUGCAAAAGAUUCUCAUUGAAGGCGUUACAUCUGGCUCAGUGAAAUCAAAUAGGGACCUGUUUGAGUCUUCAGCGUUGUACGCCAUGCAGGACAGCUCCGGACAUUUUCAUGAGGUGAAAACAGUGCGCCGUGAAGAGGUGGUGAAAGGAGACGUCACCACAUACAAAUGGAUGUUUGAAACACAACCAAUUGAUCAGUUUGAUGAAAGUAUUGAAAAAUACCAAAUUAUCAAGGGAAUAUCUAAGCAAGAAAUUGAGUCUGGUGAUGUUAAAACAGCAAAAUGGCUGUUUGAAACACAGCCCCUUGAUGCAAUCAAGUACUUCAGCAAUAUAGAAGAUGAGGAAACGGUGGGAGGAAUUAAGAGCCUUGAUGUUGUGAAGGGAGAUGUGAAAAACUGUCGAUGGCUUUUUGAGACCAAACCGAUGGAUGCUUUGUACGAAAGAGUGGAGAAAGAGAGCAUUGACGAAACAGAAGAAGUACGAAAGGGAGACGUCAAAACCUGCACUUGGCUCUUUGAGACGCACACCCUUGACACCAUCCAUGACGAGACGGAAACAGUUUUGAAAACAUGCAGCGUACAACAGGAAGAUAUUCGGGGCAAAGAUGUUAAAACGGCUCGUUUUCUUUUCGAGACGGAGAAGCUGGAGGACCUCGCUGGGGGAGAGACAGGCUCUUAUAAGCGCAUCACAGAGAUUGACAUCGCAUCUGGAGACGUGUCAAGGAUGAAGUAUAUAUUUGAAAACCAAAUGUCUGACAUUUUAACGUCUACAUCUAAGGAAGUGAUGCAAAAUCUCAAAAGAGUUCAGACAGAAGACAUACAAAGGGGAAAUGUUGUGAACUGCAAGUGGCUCUUUGAAAAUCAGUCCAUUGAUGCCAUAGGCCUUCAAGACAAUGAAGAGGAAUCUGUGAGCAGCAGAACAGUGAACAAUAUACAAGGAGGGGAUGUGAACAAGAGUCGCUUCCUUUUUGAGACCCGUUCUCUGGAUGCCAUCCAGAACGUUUCCUCUGAUAUCAUGAAAGUUCAUAAAAUCAUCCGUGAUGAGGAUGAGAGGGGGGAUGUGAGAAACUACACUAUGAUGUUUGAAACUCAGCCCCUUUAUGCCAUUCAGGACAAAGAAGGUCAUUACCACGAGGUCACCACCGUCACCAGCGAGGAGGUGAAAGAGGGGAAUGUUUUAGGAACCCGGUGGUUGUUUGAAACCAAGCCCCUCGAUGCGAUAAAGGACACAGAUGAGGUUUACGUCAUAAAGUCUGUCACACAACAGGAUGUGCAAAAAGGAGAUGUCACCUCUGCCAAAUGGAAAUUUGAGACACAACCACUGGACAGGAUUGCUGAGGAAAAUAAGCCUUUAAUAAAAACUGUGGAGGACAUUAAAGGGGGCAAUGUUAGACUGAGCAAACAUCAGUUUGAGACAGACGGUUUGUCACAGGGAUCUGUUAGAACUGUAAAUGUGAGUGAAAUACAAAAGGGUGACGUUAGGACCGCUAAGUGGAAGUUUGAAACCCAGUCCAUCGACAAAAUAAGAAGCAUGAGCUCUGAAAAUGUGGUGGAAACUGUUAAAAAAGAGGAGUUUGAAAAGGGAGAUGUUAAACAUUCAGUGUGGCUUUUUGAGAAAAAGCCUCUUGACCACAUAAAACAGGCAGACGAGGAUGAGAACAAACCAGCAACUCAAGAAGAGAUUCCCAAAGCAGAUGUGAAGACAACAACGUGGCUCUUUGAAACCACGCCGUUUGAUGAAUUUCAUGAGGCUAAAACGGAAAAAACUGAAAUAUUGGGCAAAAGUGUUAAGGAAACCCUUGAGGAACUCUACAGCCAGAAGAUGGUGAGGUCAAAGGGAAUACUCAUUGAAGCUGAUGAAAUUGGAGACGUGAGGAUGGCAAAGUACCAGCUGAUGAAUAAGGAGGCUCCCAAGAUUCAACGAGAGGAAGUCAUCCGAGGAGAUCUGCAAAAUAUUAUGAUGAACUUACUUAACACAAAAGAGACAAAAGAACAGCAAAUAGUUAUAGAUUCAGAAGAGAAAGGUAACAUUAGUUCCACAGUAGAGCAACUGUUUAGUCAAGAGAGGUCCAGCAAUGUUGAAAAGGAGGAAAUAAUGCGUGGUGACAUUCAAGAAGCUCUUCACAGCCUCUUCAAUGAGAACUCAUCAACAAAACGAGGAAUACUUAUCCAGGAGGAUGAAAAGGGAGAUGUACAGAUGACAAUAUAUUCUCUUUUAAACAAACAUGACAGCAUGAGCGUUGAAAAAGAAGACAUUGUGAAAGGAGAUGUCAGGAGUGUUCUUGAGAGGCUCUCCAGUCCAGACAGUCUGGAUCAGGCAGUGAAGAUAAAGAUAGAUGACGCAGAGAAAGGAAAUGUCCAGUUUUACUCGACUUGCAUUGAAUCCGGGGCUCUCGACUAUCUUAAACAGCUGCAUUUGGAACCUGAGGAGACUCUACUUGACACAGAUAAAAAAGAGAAAAUUGUUGGCGGUGACAUUAAAGGCACAAAGCUCAUCCUCGGCCGUCAUCAAACACAAGUUGAGCGCACAGUGGAGGACGUCAUACCAGGAGAUGUGCACAACACGGUGAAGGUUUUCAUGUCUGAGCCAACCACAUCGGCAGAAAAAAUCCAAAAAGAGGAGAUAGUCAAAGGGGAUUUGAGAGCCGCUUUGAACUCAUUGUCAGAAUCAGGGAAGCAGACAGUCGUUCAGAAAGAGGAGGUGGUGAAAGGCAACAUCCCAAAAGCUCUCCGGUGCUUGGAAAGGGCUCAGAGAAACCACAAGGAGGUGGAGAAGCCGGAUAUAGUACCUGGAAAUGUCCGAGGGGCUAUGAGAUCUCUUGAGAAAUCAGCAACAUCUAGAGUGGAAUGCCUCAUUGAAGGUUUAAUUCCAGGAGAUGUAAAGGCCACGCUGAGAUCUUUGGAGCAGGCAAAGGGUGCAAAGAAGGAAGUUGAAAAAGAAGAAAUAGUGAAGGGGGACAUUCACACAGCAAUGCAGAGUCUACAAGAUGCCUCCAGCGAUAAGAAAACGUGUCAACAGGAGAUAGAUGUUCAGGGAGACGUCAGAGGAACAAUCCAGAUCUUCAUGGAGCCUCCCCCAUCUCCAAGGAUGCAAAGGGCUGUAAGUCUUGAAGAUGAAGUAAAGGGGGACAUCAAGAUGUCGAUUAAGUCUUUAUACGAGAUGCAGGAGCAAACACAGGUAGAAAAAGAAGAAGUGAUAAAAGGAGAUGUUAAAGGCACGAUUAAAUCUCUGCUGGAAACAGCACAGAGAGAAACAUCUAAGAUCAAGCACGGAACACACAGGAGAGUCAGGGUAAAGCAAAGCCCUCCAGUGAAAAACCUGAAGACUGACGCACAGAGAAAUGCGCAAAAGAUAAAAACAGCAAAACCGGUUGAACAAUCCAAAGAGACUCAUUCCAUUCAAAACAAAAGUGUUGAAAUGAAGUCUUCUGUUGUGCAACAAUCUGCUCAAAAAUCCACCGAGGUGGAGCACAAGACUAUUACCCAAAACCACGGCAUCAAAACAUUGAGGACAGAGUUUCGUAACCUCAAAUCCGGCUCAAAGGGGUCGGCGAAAUUGGGCAAAACCAAAGUCAAAACAGAGGUUUUUGUGAUAAGGCCCCAAACACCAGAGCCCGAUCUGCCUCUCCCACCUCCUCCUCCACCUUUAACUGACACUGACAUUCUUCCUCCCCCUCCUAGUCCACUCCCUCCAUCUGCUGACACUGACAUUGAUCACCUUCCUCCUCCACCACCUCCACUCACCCCCGAGCAAGACGUCCUCCCACCACCACCAUCUCAACAAGAGCUGGAGAGCAUGCCGACAGCGGACAUUCAACCUUUCCCAGCAAAAGCAAAAAGGAUGACUGUUAAAAAAGUGAAAGCUCCAACUUUGCACCCAGUUCCAAAGCUGGAGCCAAAGGUGGAAGUCAUUAAAUCCCAGCAGGUGCAGGUGACAUCUGAGAAAAGAAAGGAAAUGAGUCAAAAAACACAAGAAUCGAAAACCACCUCACCGGAAGUCACUUUUCUUCCAGAGUCCCCCCGACCACUAAAGAAAGUUUACAUUACUCCUGUGAAGUUCACUCCUCCACCCUCUCCUCCUCCUUUCAUGAGAGGCAAAAUGACCAAAUUUAACACACCAUUGAUAAAAGCAGAAGAAAAGUACAGGAAGCUGAAGGAGGAAAACACACCACCAAACACUCCACCUCCCACUUUAAUACAUGACUCGGUUAGCGCUGCUUUUGAAAUGCUUUCAACUAAAGAGGCAUCAAAUUUCACCAGCUCAGGAAAUUCUGAGGAAAGAGACGCAAAGAUGGAAGCUGCUGUUUGUUCAGAAACCCUGCAGUGUGAUUUAUCUACACAGGCUGUUGUCUCAAACAUCAUACAAAGCAACACCAGCAAACACCAAAAAAUCACUGCAGAUUCCACAAUUAUAUCAUCUGCAAAACAGCACAUUUAUUCUAAUGAGAUGUCUGAAGUUGCCACUAUUCAAAAGACCUCAUCCAUCUCUACUGUAAAACAACACGUUCAAAAAACUACACAGAAAAGUGUUUCUGCUUCCUCCAAGGAAUCCACUUCAAGUGUCAUGUCAGGCAAACUGCAGAGCUCUGACACUCACCCUGCUCAAAAAGAAAAUAUUGCUUCACAUGCUAAGAAAGACUGUAAAAAUAAUAAAACGAAGAGCUCCGGUAAAUCUGAAGAUGAAAAAGAAAAAAUCCCUGCCCCAAAACAGAAACCACAAACAGAAACAAUUGUGACACCUAUCAACCUUUCCAAAGACAAAACUGACAGCUCACUCAAAACAGUGGAGAUCGAGUCAAAGGGUUAUAAUAUCAACAAAAAUAAAUCUAAUCAUUUUUCUGCUGAGAUUCAAGCCUCUAGUCUUCCAAAGCAGACAGAGAAAGACUCUACACACGGAAAAACAAGCAAACCAACCCAAAAGGGAAAAAAGAGCUCCAAACAAGAGAAGCAAGAAGAGAUAAAGAUGUCCAGAGAGACUGAGCAGACACAUGUUUCACAGGUUUUGACGACGGAAGUCAAGAAAACUGGACAGUUCACCCAGGAAAUGGAGAAAAACACUCUGUCCCCUCGUGCUUCUGCUGCUGCUGCCACAUCCACAAGCAAUGCUGUCAGCCAGCCAGAGACUACAACCCCUGCAAAAAAGAAAAAGAAAUCGAAAAAGUCUAAAAGUGGAGCACAGUCGGGUCAAGCAAAAGACAAUCUCACAGAGUCAGCACCAGAAACCGAAAACAAGAAAGUGACUGAAAAAAAUGACCAAACCCAGGAAACAAUUGCCGUCACAGGGGCAGAGAUAGAGCACAUUCAAGUCAAAAGUAAACUAUUGUCUACCAGCAACAAAGAGAGUUCUAAUAUAGAAAAGGGAUCUCCGAAGAAAGAAGCAACCUUCGCUCAUCAGAACCUAAAUGAGCCACUGAAAGAUACAGGAGAUGAGUCCAAAUCAAGUGAACAGGCACAAAACAAAGAGAAAUCCCAGAGACACAACGUCCAAGAUUUAAUCUCCCACAUUUCAGAAGCACAAAGUUUUUCAGAGAAAACUAACUUUCAGUCUGUUGAGGAUUCGCUAAAUAGUGUGCCAGGGUGUUUCAGUUCUCAAGAGAGGAAACAAGAGUUGGAAGGAACAUCAGGGGCAAGCGAUCCUAAGAAAAAUUCUAAGAAAAAUGAGGAAAUUCCCAAAGGUGAAGAACAAACAUGGAUGAAUGUAACUGAGGAAACAAGAGAGAAGCAUGAGUGUGAGUCCGUUACUGAGAUGGCAAUAUCUGGCGCAGUUUCGGUAAUCACUGGUUCUGUUGAAGAGGAGAGUGAAACUCAGAAAAUUGGAGACAAAAAAGAGGAAGAGAGGAUCUGCAAGCUCAUCGACCUUCGAUCUCCUUCCCCGUCCCUCAGGAUGUGUUCUCCCUCGCCAACAUUUAUCACCAUUGAGUCUACGAGGAGAACUGACUCUCCCCAAAGAGUCACUCCAUCACCCACUCUGCUCCACAGGCCACCCACGCCCCCAACUCCUCCACCGCGGCGGUGUGACACUCCAACAUCACGCCUCAACAGGAUCACGCCUUCCCCGACUUUUGACAGAGCAGAAAAUUUAGCCCGGCUCAAAGACACCACUGCUAAACUUUUGCGUGGCGUCACCCCACCGCCACUUUUCACCCAUCAAAUCCCAGAGAAAAAAUCUGAGAUUGUUGAACCGCCCGCCUCCUUUCAACGGCAAAUCAGAGUUGACAGCCAGGUUGCAGGUGCAACUGCUGAAACGACGAGGCGCAAAAGGUGCUUAUCUGACACAUCUCAGCUUCCUGAGGAUAGAACUCAGGGCCUGAAUGCAAACAAAACACGAAGUCGAUCCGAAACGUGUGUGGCGCUUGGUCAAAACAGCUCAAAUCUGGUUGAGGCAUCAGAUGAUGUGGAGUUUUCUUCUGUAUCUGUCAAAGAAAAGAAAGAAUUUUUUGAGGAGGCACAGAGAGCUAAAAGUAAUAAGACAUACAUGCGGAAGGAACCCAUCUCCAUCCCAGAAAGACUGGGCCCAGAUAUGGAGGAGUGUCAGGCAGAACAGAAGAACAAAGAGACAGAUGAGACUCUUAAGGCAGACUUGUCUAGUCUUGUAAACAAAUUUGAAUCUCCAGAAGAUAAAUUAAGUAACAAAAAAGAGCCUGCGCCACAUGCAGAUAGUCUUCACCCUGAAGAUUUGGACAGAGAAAAAGCAGACAUAUUAGGAAAGGAAAUGCCAACUUUUGACAUCCAGGCUAUUAAAAAUGUUUUUGAACUGACUGAGCAGAGUUCUGCCUUCAGAGAGGAGAAAAAGGAUCUGGAGGAGCUCAUGUCUAGUCUUAGUGAAGCAACGGCAGACACUUCAAAGCAGGAAAGUCCUUGGGAGACAAAAGGAGGCUCAAGGCAGAGCACCCCCCUCCCUCUGCAGGAAAAUGAGAAAGUAACUGCUGAAGCUCAACCUUUACCUUUCUCUGAAACCAAAUCUGUCACAGAAAGCUUCUCAGAGGUUGAUGAAUUCGGUAACAUGGUCACGGGAAGGAUGACCUCUGUCACAGGGCACUCCGAGAGCGUCUCCACCACAGUCGCACCAUUUUCCUAUGCUGACGCCGUGAAAAAAAAAGCUGCUAGGAGAACGCAAACGUACGACGACGACGCCACUGAAAAGCUGCUGAAAAAUUUCCACAAAACAUGGACAGAGAGUGAGACUGUUUUCAAGAGUCUUGGCUACACUGUUUCUGAGGAGACGUCAUCACACAUUGUGUCACAUCAGACUUUUUCAUCGGGUUCGAGUUCCGAAAUCGGAGCUCUGCACAGUAUGCCGGAAGAGAGCUUAUCCGAUGGAUGCUCUGAUAGUGGACAAAAAAAAGUACCAUAAGUCUUGCUUCUGCUGUGAGCACUGCAAAAAUAAGCUAAGCUUGGGGAAUUAUGUUUCUCUUCACGGACAUUUCUACUGUCUUCCCCACUACAAACAACUCCUCAAAUCCAAAGGGAACUCCGAUAAUGGAAUUGGGCAAAAGCUUGCAGCAGGAGGUGGCGAACCUUUCCCCCCGUACGACAAAUUUGACUGGAGGUGUUCCACGAGCAGCGCAGAUUCAGCAGACAAAAAUCAAGGGAAAAGAUCUGAUGGCAACAAAAUGUCUGUAGUUUGGCCCCCG